AUGUCGGAUAACCUUCCAGUAGACAGUGUUCGUGCCGCUGUCGCCAACCUUCUUCUCGGGAAGGAUGACGGCGACUUGAGCAUCAGCAUCGAUUUCGGGACAUCAUAUUCGUCAGUUUCGUGGAUCAAAGGAACAACACUUGACAUCAAAGACAUAGGAGAUAUUGCUGGUUGGGCAUCUGCACAUUCUGUAGGCCCAUACUCUAGCGUACCUGAGGUACCAUCCGAAUGGAUGUAUCGCAACGGCGUGAAGAAGUACGGUUACGAAGUCCACCAUAUUCUCUCUAGACCGGGACACGAGGAAUGGCAUCGUUUGACCAACAUCAAAAUGCUUCUUGACAGCAGUGCAGACAGCUACGAGAUUCGUCGCCAGAACUUGGAGACGAUAAAAAGGAUAAAUGAGACCCGUGCGGAUCAUGAGAAAAUCGGUAUUUACGAUAUUAUAGUCGACUACCUCUUCUUUUUACUUAGUCGCACCAAAGCCCAGCUUUCUAAGAAGAACAUCCGCGGGAAGAGCCAUUACACUCCUGGGGAUCCUGUCAAAUUCGUUCUCUCGAUUCCCGAAAAAUGGGACGCGGUUGCCAAGUGGACUAUGGAAAAAGCCCUGGCGACUGUGACGGAGAUACUCCAGUUUGGGUCAACAGCAGAUCUCUUCAUGCUCUCCGAAUCUGAGAGUGCUUCAACUUACAUGUUGGAGAGACUAAGGAGCGCGUGGUCUUCGAAAUCGGAAACGAUUAUUACAGUAGACGCAGGUGGAGGUACCACGGAUGUUGCAACGUUUAGCGUCAUCAAUGACAAACCUCUGCGCUUUAGACGUGUCGGAAUCAGUCAAGCACACUCAAUCGGAUCGAGCUUCUUAGAUCACCGAUUCCGGGAAUAUCUUGAGGAUCGAGUCAAAGAACAAACUCACCUGAAUGAGGUUGAAAAUGGAAGCACUUUAGUUGAAUUGAUAGAUGCAGCUGUUAUCUACUUUCAUCGACAAAUGAAGCGCUACUUUCAAGGCGACUUGGAAGAGGAGGUCCAGUAUGUUGACUUCAAUGGCUUGGCCGCUUGUAAAGAGAAGGGAUUCGCAAGAGGGCGUGUCGUAGUCACACAGAGCGAUCUCGCAAAGAUCUUUGACCCGGUUUGUGAUGCUAUAUGGGAGAUGGUUGAGGACCAGAUCCUCUCUGCACAGAAAAGUCGGCACGUUCCUUCGAAAAUGCUUCUUGUCGGCGGCCUCGGGCUUUCCAUCUAUCUACAGAAGUUCAUAGAAGUGAGACUUGCGUCUAGAUAUCCCGACAUCGAAUUAGUCCCUAUCGGAGAACUCCCGGAGGCUAGCCUCGCAACUGUCGUGUCACGUGGAUCUCUCUUCCGAUCACUAAACAAAGAGGUUGGCCCCACUCGGAUAAACAAUACUGGUUUUGGUAUUAGCCAAAACCAGAUCUUCCGCCCGGACUUUGAAGGGCAUCAAGGAGGCGAUCCAUUUAUCGACGAGGUAGAUCAUGAAACAUAUGUUACUUGCAUUUACUAUCUUUGCAAACCUGAAAAAGAUAUCCGUUCAGAGACUCACAAAAUGUGGGAAACACUCCUGCCUGGACAGAACUUUGAUGUCCGAAUACCCAUUUACAUGGGCGACGGAUAUUGUGUGGAUGAUUACCACAUCGAUCACCAAAAAAAUGCUACAGCGCAACAGCUUGGAGAGCUUUCGUUCAAGACAACAUUCGAUGAGAUAAAGCAAAAUGCUACCCCGGGUUCUUUCAAGAAGAAGAAUGGUUACUAUCUGGUUACCUAUGAUGUCAUCAUACAAAUGCAUGGACUUCGUAUGGAGUAUGGGAUGCGCUUUCCGUCAGGGCCAAAAGGUAAAUUACGAGCGAAAGGAGAGCUUCAGAACAUUGCCGCAGCCUUUAAUCUUGGUGCAGCUUGA